AUGUUGAAAAGAAUUAAUUUUGGAUGUGUGCUUGGAGCUGAAUGUCAUGACAUCUGCAUGCUUUGUCCUACUUGUGAGUAUGCACAAAAUCAAAUGCAACGAGUUUUGAACGGUCAACAAUUCGAUGGUCAAUGCAAAGAAUUGGAAAGUUGUGCUCAGAAUUGCAUAAACAGUGAAAAUAAUGAGAUAACAGAUAUGUUACGUUGCAUAUUUCGAGAUCGGUGUAUUAAGUACUGUUUGGAUAUCAAUAACUGCCCACAGUGUCGCGAUAUAAUUCGACGAAUUUUCACUGGUUAUUGCUACCGGAAUAAGUAUAUUAAAAAAUAUGGUACCAAAUGUCGUCCACUAUUUGAUUACACAGUUCAAAAUUACACUCGCGAGAGCUAA